CCAGAGCAGCUGAAGCCCUCAGCUCUCACUCUGCUGUCUGCUGCUCCUCAGCGCCGGAGAACGGGCUCCUUUUCUGCCCUCGAAACAGCGUUUUGUCGUGUUUUUCUGCUGGAAAACUCACCCCUGGGCUUCAAACUGCGAUGUAGAUGUAGACUGAGGCGAGCGGAGCUGCUCUGAGAACAUAGGUGGUGAAUAGGUGACGUGACUCUUCAGUGGGAGACGCACACGGUCCACAUGAGGGCCCAGCCAAGCAUUUCCCACGGAUUACGUUCUUCGCUGGCUGUGCAUCUGGACUGAAAAAUGAAUUUCAUUUUCAAACUACCAUCAGGCCUGGUUAUUUUUACGUAGGUUCAAGUUUUGACUUGACAGUCUGCCUUCAUUUGUGACACGGCUAAAACAAUUGUUUUUCAUUUUUGCUUUUUUGUGCUUGGUUUGGAGUAUAUAUUCAUUUACAGUUUGGCCACAAUGGCAAAGUGGCUUAAGGACUAUUUGAGUUUUGGAAGCAAGCGAAUGCCUCCUCAGCCACCGAAGCCAGACUACACAGAGAGUGAGAUACUCAAGGCUUACCGUGUGCAAAAAAGCUUGGACUUUGAGGACCCAUAUGAAGACUAUGAAAACAAAGGCAGGAAUGAUAGUGGGUCAGCUGAGAGCCCGCUUGCAGGAAUCGGCUCUAUGUUGAAGAACAGUGCAUUGGAUGUGAAAGUGGUGUCUCCUAAACAUCGGCUCAUCAAGGUGGACUCACAAGAUCUAGGCCGGACCAAGAUUCUUCUAAGCUCCGUGUCAUUAGAGGACCCAACAGAGCCAGUGGUCCCCUCAGCCCCUGCGAUUGGUGACACCGACUACUCAGACCCCUUCGACGCUCGCCAAGAUCUGCAACCAGAAAGCCGCCAGACUCCUACGACCCCUGAGAACAAUGGCUACAUGGAACCUUAUGAAGCUCAGAGAGUAAUUACUGAGCUGCAGAGGCGAGCUGGAGGCCGUGGUAGAGGGGAGGUGCAGCUGUACGACACCCCAUACGAGGAACAGGGCUCCGGGCCCAUGGAGCCAACUGAAGAGGGCAGAGAGGGCAGACUGCCGCAGGAUGACGAGAGGCCAGCGGACGAGUACGAUCAGCCCUGGGAGUGGAAGAAGGACCACAUUUCAAAGGCUUUCGCAGGCUCAGAUUUGAAGGAGCUGGCAGAGUUGCCCUGGCCCCCUCCAGUGGGCCAGCUAGAGGAGGAGCCCUCUCUGGGCGAGCAAGUGCAGUUUGAGGGUGCGGACUGGGAGCGCUCCUCUCCUCCUCCAGAUCGUCUGCGUUCCCCCAGAGCUCCUCUUGUCACAGGCAACAUGAAGCUCCGCAAGCCCAGUGAGUCUCACCCCAUGCUGGGUGAGCGUGUGGACCCCACCCUGCCCCUGGAGAAACAAGUGUGGUACCAUGGUGCUCUGUCCCGCUCGGAUGCUGAGUCCUUGUUGACGUUGUGUAAAGAGUGCAGUUAUCUGGUGAGGAACAGUGAGACCAGCCACUCUGAAUACUCCCUCUCUCUCAGAAGCUGCCAGGGAUUCAUGCACAUGAAGUUUAGCCAGUCGAAGGAUGGCAAGUACAUCCUGGGCCAGAACAGCCCUCCGUUCAGCAACAUCCCUGAAGUCAUCCAUUAUUACACGACACACAAGCUGCCAAUCCGAGGAGCUGAGCACUUGUCCCUGCUCUUCCCUGUGCUGGUACAGACCCUGUGAUUGGCUAGAGCACUGCGGGCCUCGGUGCUAUUAGCUGAUUCACUGGACAGAGGACUCGGUACUGGUGGUACCAAAUGCUGAUCUGAUCUUUUAUCUUCAAUUGAAACAAAAAGGAAGCUAAAAAGGACAUGGAUUUUGGACAAACUGGCAGCCGCUUUUUGAAGACUCGUGCCCAAUUUAAUGCUUAAUUGACUUGAGUGGUUUGACAAAGCAUCUCAUCACAAAGAUCAGACUCUCACAGCAGUAUUUGACUAUCCAAUAAGCUCUAUGUGACCAUUGUUACAUUGAUCUGUUGCCUAACAUUCUUUCAUUAAUCUCUACCGUAAUGACUCUUGAUUAGUUUGUGCUCGUGUUCAUUGUCAGCCUUGAUGUCCCUCGGGACAACUGGAGACUUUUAUGGUGGCUGUAAAGGAGCUUUCCACAGGCCAUUUUAUGAUUACACCGCUAAUCAACGUGCCCUUUGAUCCAUGUGGGACCUUUUCAGAUUGCUUGGUCUGGUAGCCACGAAGCCAGAUGCCACAGCCAGUGUCCCUGCUUGACUAAUUUAGAAUAUUUCAGUGUUUCCUUGGGGUAUCUCUGUUCUAAAGUAAUCAUUUUGGUUCAUUAGAAUGGUCUUGCAUAAGCUUACAACUAUAUAUUUUACCUGUUUUUGUUUUGUUUUUUAUAAGCAGUAAUGAAGUGGUAUUUGAAUCGUGUUAUUCAGUUCCAGAGGGGCUGUUGUGAAGAGUGUAAUCAGGAUAAAAUAAUGAUGAAAAAUAUGUUUCUUUAGCUGCUACAUUUAAUCUGUUUUUACAUAUUAUGUAAUAAAAUUUCCGGAGAGAGUA